AUGUCCGAAAGAAAAUUAAUGUCUACCGCCAAAUUAUUGGAAACAUCAUUGCCAACCUUAUGCUUCGGAUUUUGCUAUUGCAAUUUAUUGCUGAAUUAUAGAAUUAUGAAGAAAAUUCUUUAUCGGAUCAAAUUCGAUUGGGAUAAUCUCGCAAAUAAACCAGAAUUAAUGAUACUUAAGAAAUACGCUGAAAUUAGUCGACUUUGUACAAUAGUAAUCGCACUAUCCUUUUAUUUUUAUAUUGUAUUUUUCAUAUUUCCAUCAUUGUUAAGCGUUAUUCAAUACGUUUUUGGUUUUAUAAAUGAUACGGAAUUAAUAUUACCAAUUCCUGUUGAAUAUUUCAUGAAAAAUCUUAUGCUUUAUUUCUUUGCCCUUACAAUUGAAUACAUAAUUAUAAUAAUCGCUGCCACGGUAGGAAUUGCUAACUAUACCAUGUUUAUAGCAAUUGUACAGCAUGCAUGUGCACUUCUUACAAUCGUUCAAUGGAAAGCAAUUGAAAGAUUUCUAGACAAUCGACAAAAUUUUGAUUAUACGAUUACUAGUCGUAAAUUAAUCGAGGAGAGACAAUGGAUAACCGAUAUCAUAGAAUUUUAUAAUAAAACAAUCGAAUUUAUCGAUUUAUUGAAAUUAUUUUACGAAACAAUUCAUCUGCUCGAAGAAUUAUUGGGAUUUAUAUUUUUUUUGGUUGAUUAUUUUUACUUAUUCCAGUUACUUUCUCUAAGUUUUAAUAAAACCGAAGGUUUAACAAAGUUAUUAUAUGUUAUUGGAUCUCUUUUCGUAUUAUAUGUUUACUGUUACCUUGCACAAAAAUUAAUAAACCACAACGCCAACGUAUUUACAAUAUUCUGUCAAAUUCCAUUUUAUUCGUUAUCUUUGAAGACGCAAAAUUUGUUACUCGUUUUGAUAAUGAGAAGCAUGAGGCCAUGCAAUUUAUCGCUGAGGGGUACUAUUGUUGUAUCCCAUGAUCUUUUUGCAACGCUUACAAUGUAA